AAAUACCAUUUUAUUGAGAUACGGUAACGGAAUCGUUUAGAUGAGAAAGGAUGGCGAUGAUAAGCUUCUCGCUUCCAUCUCCCGCCAAACUCCCGGUUACAUCUCCACCGUCCGUUCCAAACCGUAUCAACAUCGCCGACCGUUUGAUCCUCCGCCACCUCAAUGCCGGAGAUCUCCGGGGAGCGAUCUCUUCUCUCGAUCUCAUGGCUCGAGACGGGAUCCGCCCCACAGACUCCGCCACUUUCUCCACCCUCCUCAAGUCUUGUAUCCGAGCCCGCGACUUUCGACUCGGGAAACUCGUUCACUCCCGGUUAGCUGAGUCCGAUAUCGAGCCUGACUCGGUUCUCUACAACUCACUGAUCAGCUUGUACUCCAAAUCGGGAGACUUGGCGGGAGCAGAGGACGUGUUCGAGACCAUGGGGAGAAUCGGUAAGCGAGACAAUGUUUCGUGGAGUGCUAUGAUGGCUUGUUACGGUAACAAUGGGAAGGAACUCGACGCGAUUAAGCUUUUUGUUGGGUUUCUGGAAUUGGGUUUAGUGCCGAACGAUUAUUGUUACACGGCGGUGAUCCGCGCUUGCUCGAAUCCGGAGAAUGUUGCCGUCGGGAGAGUGAUUCUAGGGUUUUUGAUGAAGACUGGGUACUUUGAAUCAGAUGUGUGUGUGGGUUGUUCUUUGAUUGAUAUGUUUGUUAAAGGAGAGAAUAAUCUCGAGAAUGCGUAUAAGGUGUUCGAUCAAAUGUCUGACUUAAAUGUUGUUACUUGGACGUUGAUGAUUACUCGGUGUAUGCAAAUGGGGUUUCCUAAGGAAGCGGUUAGGUUUUUCUUGGACAUGGUUUUAAGUGGAUUUGAAGCAGAUAAGUUCACGCUAAGCUCUGUUUUCUCUGCGUGUGCUGAGUUGGAGGAUAUGUCCUUUGGAAAGCAGUUGCAUUCUUGGGCGAUCAGGUCGGGGAUGGCGGAUGAUGUUGGGUGUAGUUUAGUUGACAUGUAUGCGAAAUGUUCUGCGGAUGGUUCGUUAGAUGAUUGCAGGAAGGUGUUUGAUAGAAUGGAGGAUCAUAGUGUGAUGUCAUGGACGGCAUUGAUCACUGGUUAUAUGCAAAGAUGUAAUCUUGACGCAGAGGCUAUUAACCUCUUUUGUGAAAUGAUAAGUCAAGGUCGUGUCCAGCCAAAUCAUUUCACUUUCUCUAGUGCGUUUAAGGCGUGCGGGAAUCUUUCGGAUCCACGGGUGGGUAAACAGGUUCUUGGUCAUGCGUUUAAAAGAGGGCUUGCUUCGAAUAGCUCUGUUGCGAACUCGGUUAUCAGCAUGUUUGUUAAAUCUGAUAUGAUGGAAGACGCCCGGAGAGCUUUUGAAUCGCUUUCUGAGAAGAAUUUGGUCUCGUAUAACACCUUUCUUGACGGAGCCUGCAGGAGUUUGGAUUUCGAGGAAGCUUUUGAACUUUUCCAUGAGAUCACUGAGAGAGAGUUAGGUGUUAGCGCUUUCACUUUUGCUAGCUUGUUGAGUGGAGUUGCAAGUAUUGGUUCGAUAAGAAAAGGCGAGCAACUUCAUUCCCAGGUGGUUAAACUCGGGCUCUCAUGCAAUCAACCUGUCUGCAACGCUCUGAUCUCUAUGUAUUCCAAAUGUGGAAGCAUUGACACAGCUUCACGAGUCUUUAAUCUAAUGGAAGAUCGUAAUGUCAUCUCCUGGACUUCAAUGAUCACAGGUUUCGCUAAACAUGGAUUCGCUAAAAGGGUACUGGAAACAUUCAACCAAAUGAUGGAGGCAGGGGUGAAGCCUAAUGAGGUCACGUACGUUGCAAUCUUGUCUGCAUGCAGCCACGUUGGUUUGGUCUCUGAAGGAUGGAGAAAUUUCAAAUCAAUGUAUGAAGACCACAAGAUCAAACCUAAAAUGGAACAUUAUGCUUGUAUGGUUGAUCUUCUAUGUCGGUCCGGGCUUCUCACUGACGCAUUUGAGUUCAUUAACACAAUGCCCUUUCAGGCUGAUGUUCUCGUGUGGCGUACGUUUCUUGGAGCGUGCAGAGUUCACAGUAACACAGAGCUUGGAGAGAUUUCUUCAAGAAAGAUCCUAGAACUCGACCCGAAUGAGCCUGCGGCUUAUAUACAGCUCUCAAAUAUAUACGCUAGUACAGGGAAAUGGGAAGAAUCUGCAGAGAUGAGGAAGAAGAUGAAAGAGAGAAAUUUGGUUAAAGAAGGAGGUUGCAGUUGGAUAGAGGUGGGAGAUAAGUUUCAUAAGUUCUACGUAGGCGAUACAUCUCAUCCGAAUACUCAUCGUAUAUAUGAUGAACUGGACCGACUGAUCAGAGAGAUUAAACGUUGUGGAUAUGUUCCGGAUACGGAUCUUGUUCUUCACAAGCUAGAGGAGGAAGAUGAUGUAGCAGAGAAGGAGAGGUUAUUGUUUCAGCACAGCGAGAAAAUAGCGGUUGCAUUUGGGCUUAUAAGCACGAGUAAGUCGAGACCGGUUAGAGUGUUCAAGAACUUGCGAGUAUGCGGAGAUUGCCAUAACGCAAUGAAGUAUAUAACAGUGGUCUCUGGUAGAGAGAUUGUGUUGAGAGAUUUGAAUCGCUUUCAUCAUUUUAAAGAUGGAAAAUGUUCUUGUAAUGACUAUUGGUGAGUGGUUACUUUGAGAUUUAGACACAUGAGGCUAUCACAAGAUUGUAGAUCCUUUACCAAUGAAUUGAUUUUAUUUUGCA